AUGGAAGUCCAGUGGGGCUCCAAUAUCCAGCCGACAACACUGACAUCGCCGUACGUUGCAAGGUCAAUACCAGAUGAAUCAAUGUACCAACAUUCGCAAAUGAAUAUUGAUGGGUCUUCGAGAUCCACGACACGGAGAUACAACAAGACUGGUCGAUAUUCUAAAAAACGAUCACAACAAGAUGAUGUACAAUAUCAAUAUCAACAAUACCAUUCUUCAACACCUCAGACUCCUUACUACAGUAAUAUCACCCCAGCAUCGCAAUAUUAUUCUAAUGGAGCGAAUGCGUCCCGUUCAAUGAUGUCACGUGGUAUUAAAAGAACGAUCCACUCAACAGGAAUUCAACGAACACCUGAGGAAAUUAAUCAUCAUGCAAAUGUAGUGCAAAG